CUUCUUAAACAUUCACUACAUGCUAGUUUUCGUGUCUGUAUUAUUUUUUUCACAGGCCGCUGGUUGUCACCGUCACAGCGGCUCCACUGCUGCAGCCAUGAGCGCCAUUAUUCCCCGGAUAGAACAGCUGUCCGCACGGGUUGUCCGGAUUCUGGGCUGUAACCCGGGACCGAUGACGCUGCAGGGAACCAACACUUACCUGGUCGGCACCGGAAAAAGGCGUGUGCUGAUAGACGCAGGAGAUCACGACGUACCGGAAUACCUCAGCAGUCUCAAACAGGCACUGACACAGUUUAACACCAGCAUCCAGCAGGUCAUCGUCACACACUGGCACCACGACCACAGUGGAGGAGUGGAGGACAUCUGCCGGGAUGUCACAGGUUCUGAGGUGCCAGUCAGCAAACUGCCUCGCUCCAGCCGAGUCACGGAAACAGCCGGAAACAAGAGCUACACUUACCUGAGGGACGGAGAUGUCGUCCAGACGGAGGGGGCCACGCUCAGAGUGUUGUUCACACCGGGUCACACAGACGACCACAUGUCGCUGCUGCUGGAGGAGGAAAACGCCAUCUUCUCUGGAGACUGCAUCCUGGGCGAGGGCACGGCCGUGUUCGAGGACCUCUACGACUACAUGAAGUCUCUGAACGUCCUGCUUAACUCCGAGGCCGACCUCAUCUACCCCGGACACGGCCCUGUGGUUCAGGACGCUGCCUCUAAAAUACGACACUACAUCAGCCACCGGCAGCAAAGAGAGCAGCAGAUCCUGGCGGCCAUUCAGGACGGACAAAGAAAACCUUUCUCUUCCAUGGAGCUCGUCAAGAUUGUGUAUAAGGACACUCCUGAACAUCUGCACCGAGCGGCUCAGGUGAACCUGGUCCAUCAUUUAAAGAAACUGGAGAAAGAUGGCAAGAUUAGUGCAGUUAAGGAGUCGACACAGAUCACCAAAUGGAAGAGUAACCUGUGAUAGACAGUGAUCGGAUGUGCUCAGAAUUGAUCGGAAUCGUGAAAAUCCAUCAAAUCAGUGAAUUUGAAUUUGUAUAUACUGUAUAUGUGUAUGU